GCUCUUGGUGGUGGCGGCGAUGGCCGAAGUAAGACACACUCCUCAUCUCUGUUGCAAAAUCGUGCUGAGGACCCUCGACGUUGCCAUUACCAUCAACACCAACAACAGAGUUCAUCAACUUCGCAUCUUCAACGUGUUGGAACUUCCGAAUCACCCGUGACAAACCGAGCUCGAGAUGGGGGUCACCCAAUUAGGAUCCGCAGUGGAGGUAACAGUGGCACCGGUGGGGUCGAACACGGAACUCAAGUCUUACAAGUUGUUGCUAUCAAUGGAUAUCCCGUAGUAACAAGAAAUGGUAAGUCAUCUUUUUCUCCAUCCACUGUCGUACAAGUAAAAACUUAUCCUUAUCGAAUUGGUGAAAGAUUUCUAGCAUUGUCCCUAUCCUUUGACCACGUUGUAAAAUUUUCUGAUUCGUGGCCUAUUGUCUAUGAGAUGAAAGCAUUACCCAGCAUUGAUGUUCAGGGUAAUCCCACCUUUCAUAGCUACCGAGGAAAGAUUGUGAAGAUGAGCACUGUUGGCUCGGGAAUGGAUGAGGAAACUGGCGCCAACGAUUCAGCUCAGUCUCUUCGAGUCAUUUACCGAACUUUGACUGGGAGAACAGGAAGGGUUUUUAAUGCCAACCAUGACGAGUCAUCCUCUGUACAGUCUUUUACUGCUUCUGUUCGUGCAACUCUUAUUGCACCAGGUCAAGAGGUAUUCUUUGCAGCUGCUCCACGCACAUUGAUGAACCACCACCACAAUCAGCAGCAGCAUCGUUAUCAGUAUCAGCACCAUCAGUCGUCGCAACAGCUACAACAGGCCGCAUCCACAACGCACCACUCAAUGCCCUCGGGGAUGUACAGCCUCAGUGGUGAUCAGGCCUUGGUUGAUCAUGAGGGCACAGUUCGUCGUCUGAGCACUGCCCAACGUGAGAGGUUAAGUCAGGAUUUGACGGUAGUGCAAACGAAUCUUCAUAUUCUCAAUGACAUGCUCACCGAGCUCCAGCCUGACGCCAUAUCCUCGGAUGACCUUGAGCUUCUGCAGGAAUUAAACGAGACCUGUCGCAUGAUGCAACAACGAGUAGCCGAGUUCUUAUCUCAAGUUGCUGAUGAUGCAGUCACUUUGACUCUCAUUCAACUGAACGAUGAACUUAACAGCGCCUUCCAACGUUAUGAACGGUUUGAACGCUAUCGUCUGCGUGCUAUGCGGGCUCAAAUUGCCAAUCGUGAUAUGGGUCAGUCGCGUCCAGCUCUGCCCUCAACACAGAUGGUGCCGUCGCAACAGCUCCAGUUACAACCUCCACCAACAGCACAGCAGCAGCAGCAGCAGCAACCGCAUCAUCUCCAUCUGGGUCUUCCCUCCACUUCAGGUAUACCAUCUCAUCAGAAAGAUGACCAUGAAAGAAGUGGAGGUGGCAAUGGUGGGGGCAUUGAUGAAGACGAGGAUGAUGACGAUGACGAACUUUUGGAUGCAGUGGCAGAACAAACACAACGCAAUCCCCACACCACCGAGGUGGGUGAUUCAGGAUUGGUGUCUGUGGCUGAUUGGUCAGAUAAUGCCUUGGCGUUGCAGGUUCUAAGGCUCAACGACACUUCCCAUACUUCCUGGAACACCGAAUCAAGCGCCGCUCAAUUGGAGCGAGUAUUUGGCGCGGGCUACAACGAUCUCACCAUCCUCUCUACUGAUGCAUCGACAGCGCUACCAAACGUUCAAGCGUUGCCAGGACCUCAGUUGGAACCACUUCAGCCCCAACCGGCUCCUCUUCCUCCUCCUCCCCCUCCUCCUCCUCCCCCUCCUCUUCCUCCCCCUUCUUCCAAGGCACUGCCUCAACUGCCGAUCAAGAAAAGAACUCCCUCGGAGGUUCGCAGAUUGGAGGAGGCUUUACUCCUCUUUGACUCUUGA